GCUGACUUCAACUUGAGAUAGUUGCUGAUGCUCCUUGCAGACACAAGGGGGCACCAAUGAGCGGAAUUUUCAACCGGAACUUGUUUCCACGUGCUGCCUCGAACGGAAAAAGUACAAAAAAUGUCCAACGUGGAGGGUCACAUCGAUAACUACUGCCCAGAAGAGGAGCAGAAAAGGACCAAACGGAAGAUGUCUCUCUCAAAUUGUGGAGUUUGUGGAUCAGAGGAAGCGAAGUAUAGAUGUCCUGCCUGCCUCACACACACCUGCAGUUUGCUGUGUGUGAAGAAACACAAGGAUGACUCCGGGUGCAGUGGUGUUAGGAACAAAACAGCUUUUGUGACUUUGUCACAUUUUGACGAAAUGACACUUCUCAGCGACUACAGGUUUCUAGAAGAUACUGGCAGAUUUGCUGACGGUGCCACCAGAGAUGAUCUCAUCCAGGCUCCACGUACAACUUUGAAAGCAAAGAAGUUGGCCUCCCAUGCUAGAAAGAUGAACAUCACCCUGAGGUUUCUCCCUAUCACCUUCACAAAGAGCAAAGAAAACUCCACCUUCUUUCUUACAAAGGAAAAGCGAUUCCUAUGGCAUCUGAAGCUCAUAUUUCCUCAGAGCAGCUCAGAGUUCAGUCAGAGGAGGGUGUCUGACAGCCAGACCUUGAUCCAGAUCUUGACUGCUUAUAUUCACCCCACAGAGUCUGAUCCUGUAACUCGUCAAAAAUUGAAGAUGUAUGUGCAUCAUCAAUUCGACCAUGUAAAGGUUUUCAUGAAAGCAGAGGGGAGAAAGGCUAACUCUGUGAGGUACCACGAGUUGGACGUUGAGAAAAGCCUCAGGGAUAACCUGAGUUAUAAAACAAUCAUUGAGUAUCCUGUACUGCAUGUUGUUCUCAGAGAUCACUGGAAGGACUACCCACUCAAGGGACCAGCUGAACCUGUAUCAGUCCGAACAAGUUCUGCAACAAGAUGUGUUUCAGAAGGCCAGUCACAGGAAGAGGAAGAGGGGGCCCAAGAUCUACAACCAAUACAGGGGUCUUGUGCUAUGCAGGAAGCAAACAUUCAUACAAGAACCCAAGACAUAACUCCUGAGACGGAACCACCGCUGCAGAAAAAGGCCAAGAGGGGCACAGGAGAGGAAGAACAAGAGGAAGGAGAGAUUGUAGGCAGCAGUGAUGAAGAGGAGGAAACUGGCAGCAGGGAUCAGUGUUUAAGCAACUACCUUCCUGAUGAUGCCUCAACUUGUAGAGAAAGUGCUGAAGUCACAGUGACCGAGAAGAAUCCUGUUAGUGAAACAGAGUGUUCUGACUCAUCACUUCAGCUUGGAAAUGACUCAGCUGCUGCUUCAGACAGCUGUCAGAUGGAAUGAUGAUAGAGAGGAUGCUGUUAAACUGAGUGAUGAAGAAAAUUUGGCAGGAAGUAACCAAAAUAUGUCUUUACUCGGCUCAUUCAUACAGACUGUAUUAAAAAGAAAGAACAAAUACAUUAUUAGAUCCAGAACCAUGUUUUUUAAAAUGUUUUCUCAAAUAAAAUUGUUCUUUGAAGUAAUUGUUUUGAAGUCCAAAUGUGUUCAUGUUCAACUUAUAAGCAACAAAAUAUCAUACAAAGCCAUCAAAUUUUCUUAGAAAUGUUAUGUUGUCAUGAAAGAAGGGGCUAAUAAACCUCAAUGAAAGAAAAAUGCCUUUUUAAAGAUUAAAGAGAUUCCAUUCUGCUUAGCAUUCGUUAGGUAACAUGUCCCUCCUGAUUUUUUAAAGUGAAAACUCAGACAAGACGCCAAAAAUAACCCUCUGUCCUCUUUGAAGUUCCUAGCAUCCCCUCU